AGCAGGCAGUUCAGUCGGCUGAAUCAUCUAAAGGGACACAUGCGGACUCACACAGGGGAGAAGCCUUACAGGUGUGAGGAGUGCAGUAAGCAGUUCAGUGAGCUGAAUCAUCUGAAGAGUCACAUGCGAACUCACACUGGGGAGAAACCCUACAAGUGUGAGGAGUGCACCAGGCAGUUCAGUCAGCUGGGUAAUCUGAAGGCUCACAUGCGAACUCACACUGGGGAGAAACCCUACACGUGUGAGGAGUGCAGCAGACAGUUUAGUGAUUUGGGUGAUUUAAAAAAACACAUGCGGACUCACACAGGAGAGAAACCCUACAAGUGUGAGGAGUGCAGCAGGCAAUUCAGUCGACUGGGAAGUCUUAGAAGGCACAUGCAAACUCACAAAUAAGAAAGCCCUGGACCAGGAGUAUGAAAUAGAGAUGUUGGUCACAACUUUCAAAUUUUGAAGAUUACCUGUAAACAUGACUCAUUUGUUACUUUUUUCACAUUUUGUUUAGUAGUUUAGUAGUAUAGCCAGCUUUUUGAUUGUAACUCCAUGUACAUUCUUCUACGGUAACAUCUCGUCUAAUGAUCUUGCUAAGAAAGGUAAUACUUUUAUUUACUUGUUGAUUUCUUAUCUGAAGUUCCCUACCUUAGAAAAAUAUAACAGACUAGGUUUUGUUCUCUAUUUAAGUUUUUCUUAUUGCACAUGCCCUUUUGUAAAAUGCCAAGUUAUCCAUUUAGUGAGGAAUAUCAGUUCAAGUUGCAGAAGUCUUGUUCUAUAUUUCAGGCUUAUAGUUUAGCUAUAACCUUGGUAACAAAAGAACUGGUGAAAGCAUUGUGUGAAAAAGACUUGUUUUGUCAAUACUAACAACUUGUUAUCUUUAGAUAGUUUGUUGUACUAAUUUAUAUUUACCAUAGUGUUAGUGUUAUCAGGUUAAGGUACCUUAUACUUGCAAGUUUAAAUCUUUUUAAGGGUACCAGAAGCUGUUUUUUCUUGGUCUGAAUUUAUCUUGAAAAUUCAUAUUGUAAUGGUAGUGUUAUUGUAGGUUUUAUUGUUCUGAGACUGUCAUGUUUUUUUUAUAUUCAUUUGUUUUGUUCAAUAAAGUUGUUUGAU